CAAAACUGCUGUCAAAUAAAAGGAUGCUUGCUGGUCGCUAUACAAUAGUCUCAGGACCGAGUGUGCUGUUCUUAUAGGCGGCGGUCCGCUGUAAGUCGUGUCUCGACCGCAAGUCAUUCUAGCAGCAAGCCCCAAAACAGGACGGGUUUUGCGCCGGGGCCGUGCGAGCGGCCUCGUUUUGGUAUAGCCGUUCCGAAGAGAUCUGGGUCUCGCAGCGAGCCAGUUUUAGACUAGUCUGUCCCCUGUUUUUGCUCACCGUCCUCCAGUGACACGUAGCUUUUCCAUCAGGGAUAGUAAAGCGGUGAACGUGCUACUCUACAGAACGCUUCUCGCCUACAAACUUCAGACGUUUUUGACAGUCAUUGCUUGCACUAGCACUGUUCACGGCUCUUUCCAGCUCAGCCUAAAGAGGCCGGGCAAACUGUUUUGUUCUUUGUCUCGUUGCUAGCUGCUUCCCGCUAAAUAAAUUUCGAUAACCACAUUUUUGUAACGGGGGGGUGUAUAUCUGCGUGGUCUCUAGUGGGCUGACCUGUGGUUGCAUCUCCCGUUGUGUCGGACUUUUCGUGCAGAACGCAGCCACAUAUGCUAUGUUUCGUGACCUGCAAGGCGUGUCCUUUUGAGGCAUAGUAUUUUUGCUUAUUCUCUGUGCAACCGUACUCUCCAUUCACCUGUCUCGGUUUUGUGGAUUCGCUGGUAAUCUUGUUUGUCGGGCGCGAGCUUCGUGGCAUGCGUCCUGUUAACACCACUUCCUGUCGCUUACCAGAUGCAGCUGCUCAUCAUAAAGAGGUGAAAAACGGCUUGAAGAAAACUGUAGCUGUUGGCUGGAAACGCAAUGUUGUUUCCUCUCCGCCGUGUCCACCAAGCACCGCACGAUUGGAGAAUGCGCAAUGGGCUAUCCGUGCAGCUUCGAGCCGUUCGUUUCGUACGAACCAUGGAAUCCUGAGGAGUACAAUGAGCAAAAAGUACUAGCCAAGGCGAUUCACGGCACUGUCCUCCUGGCUGAGCACCAACCAACGAGGCAACUCAGGGCUGUUAAGAAGAUUCCGAACAAAAAUGUUUACAAACGAGGUUAUGGACAGCUCGAAAAUGCACUAGUAGAGAUUGGGGCCUCCCUUUACCUCUCCAGGCACUCCAUAGCUCCCGUGGACGGGAUUAUCAGGACAUAUGGCGCCUACCGCGAUGAGACAGACACAUACCUCGUUGCAGAAUAUGCUUCAGGUGGAGAGCUGUUCAACGAAGUGGCCCGGGUGGGUCAUGUGCAAGAAGAGCACGCGCGGCGCAUUGGCCUGCAGUUGCUCCUUGGUGUCAAAUCUCUUCAUGAUAACGGAGUCUGUCACAGAGAUCUGUCACUCGAAAACACUCUGCUUCACUCGGAUGGAUCUAUACGGAUCAUUGACUUCGGCCAAGCAGAACCAUUAUUCGACGAGACAGGCAAAGAAAAGAACCUAAUCAAUGCUGCGGGCAAAAUGUACUAUCGCGCUCCUGAGAUGUACUCAGGCAGCUAUCGUGGUUCAGCCGUAGACAUAUUCGCUGUGGGAGUCAUGAUGUUCAUUCUCGUAUUUGGAACUCCUCCGUGGCUUCAAGCCACUGCACUGGACGACAGAUAUGUCUUCAUUCAGACUUUUCAAAAUGGGUUCGAGCGGCUCCUUGUUCGGUGGAAGAGGCAGCACUACGUGUCCAAAGAACUGCGAGAUCUGAUUCGGUCGAUGAUUGUAGCAGAUCCUCUUCAGCGACCGACAGCAGAUGUAGCGUUAGCUCAUCCAUGCUUCGUCAGUGCAGAUCCUUGUCGGGACACUGCCUUGCAUCUAUCACUUCUGCGAAAUCGCCUACAACAGCAUCGUUCGGGUCGGGCAUCUCUACACAAGAGAUGUGUUCAAAUUUCUGCACGAUAUAAAGCCGAUCCCGAAAUCCUGGCUAGAGGAGGUCAAGUGGAACCGCAAGAACAAGCUCUUCUCGACAGGAACACUGUCGGCUCGAAGGACACAUCCGGGUGUGCAUCCCAGUCGGGGCCUGUCGUGAUCACCGUUGUCACUGAUUGUGCAGAAAAUGUCCCGAAGGACUCUGUCUCUCCCCCGACCAUUCCAAAGAGAGCUACAGUCCCUCCGAGUUCCCUUUUUGUUCCUCAACAUACUCAGCCGAAGUCGGCCUCUACAUCGGCGACAGAUCUUGCAGUCUCCUCUGCCGAGAGACCCAGCCACCGCAGUGUUUCUGCCUCACCAGCGUCGCAGAAGCUACGCGCUCUCUCUCAACUUGUAAGUAGACUCGCAGGUGUCAGAUUCCGUAGGCCUAGCCAUCCUCAUGCUUCUGGAAGUAGCGUGCCUCUAAAACGUCAUGUAAGUGAUAUCGGGAGAGGUGAAGAACUUGAAGAUUAAAUCAACCGAGGCAACGGUGCUGUGGGUAUGGGCAUUUGCCGACUGAUGACCCCUCUGUGGGACAAGGCGAUUUCCUGCCACUGCAGGACUAUUACGUAGAGACUAUGUGUAUGACGGACCCCGGCGUCGUAUUCCUCCGCGUUGACAAAAACGUGAGUUGGGGGGGAAUACGCUCUCUUGCAAAGUUAUCAAGAACUGAGCAGCCGCUUGGAGCGGUUUUACAGAUGGUUUGCUUGAUCCGUGAGAAGAGGAAUCAGUAGACUGUUCUCGGGGGGAAGAGUGUCUUCUCCCGUUGUUCACGAUUCUGUGAAGCAAAGCCUUUGCCACUUGCUCUGCAGAAGAAUAGAGUGCUCAUUGCAAAGGGGCAGCUGUGAACAGCUGCUGCUACGUCUUCGCGUGGCUGUCCUGGGAGACUUUGACGCCGAAAAACCUGAAUUUGAAGUACGGUUGAAUGCAAACAAACGGCAAUGCAGCUUUUCUUCUUUUUUUUUCUGUAAAGCACUCUUCCCUUCUUAAUGGUGCUUCAGUUACUCCGGAUACAGGCGUUCCGUGUUCCCUAUGUCUCAGCUAGUUUCUUGUUUAUUCCGUUGUGCUCAAAAACCGAUCGAUCACUUUUUUGGGAUAUAGGCAACAAAAUAACUUUGCAAAAGGACUGAGUACGCAUGUUUCACGAGGUUAACUUCUGUAGCUUUGUCUCACCUUUGCCGCGAUUUUUCCGCACACUUGGUUUCUGAUUGAUUCUACGAUACGGAUAAACACCUUUGACAUUCUUGGUGACAGCUGCUCUAGGG